UCUAAUCCAUUAUCGUAUUUCAACGGCCCGACAGAUUUCGGAAACCAACUUGGAAAGGCUAUCGCUACGAGGAUAAAUGAGACUGACCAAAUCAGCCCUUCGAAUGAACAGAUCACAACAAUCAACGAUCUCUCUGUUGAAAUGUAUGGGAUGAAGUAUAGUGGAGGGGCCUACAUACCAGACUCUUCAAACCGGAUGACGUUCGGCUCCUAUCCUACGUCCAGUUUCACUAACCAAGGUCUUGGCGGACAGAACUACGUCAUUCAACCGGAUUUGUAUCAACAAGCGCUGUCCAGUUUCGGCUCUCAAGGUUUCCAAGGACUCGGUAGUUACCCGACGUCAUUUAACAGUUACCCUGGCUAUGGGUUUGGCACGGGGCAGCAAACUAUGUUGCCAAGCAAUGGUGGCUACACAUUCGGAAACUUCAACAAUCUCGGCGGUACCACCUAUGGCACGAAUAGUUACGGAAAUUACGGCACGAAUACCUACGGUAUUCCCGAUCCUAUUACAACCGGUGGUUCUACUGGAGGCAGUUGUCCGUACUGUUUUGGCAACAAGGGUGGUUUCAAAUCGAAAAAGGCCAAACGAGCUUCAACAACGAAGAAGAAUUAA